AAAAUACUUCAAUGGCCGAUGGCGUAAGUUUGUUGUUGUGCCGGGAUUAUUUAUUAACGUAAAUAAACUUAAAUUAGUAAAAAAUGGAGUCUGCCAAAGAUACGGAAUCCCAGAUAUUGAUGAAAGUUCCCGGAGAAGUACCGGAGAAAUCGAAAGAUUCCCGGCAUCAGAAGCACUCGAAACCGAAGAGGAGCAUCAGAUCGAAAACUCCACAGAAGAAACAGGAAUCUCAAUCAAAGUGCAUCGACGAAGAAACAAACGGGAAUAAAGCUGGAAAAGCCGUAGAAAAUCUCAAUGGAAACAAGAACGGUAAUAAAAACGGCGAGCAAAGCGAGAACGGAGCCGGAGAAAUGGACGUACAAGUAAUUUUAAAAGAUAUCCAAAUCAAUGAAGACAAAAAAAUAAUUAACGAAGAAAAAGUCGCGCACGAUACAAAUGAAUCGAAUAAGGCUGUUGAGAAACGACCCGAACAAAUGGAUACAACCCAACAACCUGAAAAAGAGCAGAAAGACAAGGAAGUGGUGGAAAUGGAACCGUUAGUUUUAAGCGAUGAGGCCGAUCCGGAAUUGCAGUUAUUAGUCGAAAGUUCCGAUAAUGAUGAUUUGGGAAGAUCCUCAUCGCCUUUAUUGAACAGAUGUAUCACCAGGAGAUCGUACACUAGGAAUAUACCCACUCCCAAAACGCCCAAAGUCGUCGAUACAGAAGAGAAUGAGGCCGCUCAGGAAGAUACUAGUUCUCAAAAGAAAUCCUCCCCUAAAAACGUAUCCCCGCAAAAGACACCAAAAGUCAUAGAACCGGUAGAGAAAGAGGCUAUUCCGGAAGAUACCAGUUCGCAAGACACAUCUGCACAGAAUGAGGAACGGUUCGAUGAAAGUGCAAUGGAUUCGUUGAAAUCCACAUCCACGGAUUCUUCGAUGAAGGUCGAAAUCGGCGGCGAUUCGACCCGAUUGAAUUUCUCGGAUAUCAACAAUUCAUUCGAGCACGAUUCCAGUUAUCUGGACCAUCUGAAAGAGAGACGUUUGGUGUCCAGAAGGCCGAUCAGAUGCGCCGAAGAUUACAGAAGAAGAGUGUUGAAGAACGCUCAGAACGCCAACUUGCCAUUCGAACAAUUGAAUAUCGGGGUGAAGCGAAAAGACAGAAGCCUGUCGCCGGAGGAAUCGAAGAAAUUGCGCUUGGACACGUCGAGUUUCGGGAGCUUCUUCGCCAGCCCUUUCGCCAGUUUGAAGAAUCGAUUGAAGAGGGACGAGAGGCCUUCGAGUACUCCCGAACUGUUGGGCUACAAAGACGACAGGAGCAAUUUGCAUUUUAACGAUAAUUUGGAUGAUGUAGGUAAGAUAGAGGAAGCUCACGAAGCGGAAGAAGAGGAGAAGAGAAAUUGGUGUUUGUUGAUGUAAUAUCGAUGAAAGGGUAUUGAAAAUAUUUCGAGAAAUACGAGCCGUUUAUUAUGAAAGUUUCAAUACUUUUGAAUCGAUUAUUUUGAAUCAUAUUUCGAUAUAAAAUUAAAGCGACUUGUAGUACUUUCAAAAUAAAUGGCUCGUGUGCGAUUUAAAACGUUUCGAAAUUUGUUAGUUUAGCAAUAUACUAGUAGAAGUGGAGUUUGCGUUAUGUUUAUUGUACGUUCCAAAAAUUUGCGACGGUUGAUUUUUAUAAAUUUUUUGGAAAAGCGGUCGAAUUUUUUUGUUAUUUUCUUAAAAUGAAAUCUCAUUACCCGAUUAAGCGUUGUUAUACAAUUAGUUUUUCGAAAGCGUCGAAAGUUUUUGGAAUUGAUUUUUCUAAUAAAACCGUUUAGAGUUUUAUUUAAAUGAGUAUAGGUAUGUUUAACACAAUGACUGUACAUAAUGUGGUUUUAUACAUGUCAUUUUCUUUUUAAUAAUUCAUAUGAAAUGAAGGAUUUACGAGAGAAAAUCUAAAUAUAUCUAUUAAUCACGUUUGUAAUUAGUAUUGUUUAGUUACUUUUUUGUUCGAAAACGCUCCACUAUGAAUUACUUUUAUCAAUUAUUCCGUUUGUUCAGCCCGCUUAAUUUUAUGUUUUAUUUAAUAUAAAGUAUUAAUCAUUAGUUCACAAGAUAUUUAAAUUGUUUAAAUAUUUUGCCUCGUUGCGUAUUUACUCUUUUUUUGUUUUCUAUUUAGAGCAUGUGAAGUAGCUGUACAAUUGAUUAGAAAAAAAAAGGGAAAACUACUUUAUAAACGUCUAGGUUUAUGAGACUGCUCUAGUAAUUUUUAUUUUCCUUUUUUUAGUAUCUGGAAAGAUCGUUAGGGUUCAUUGUUUUCUCUCAUUUUUUAUGGUAUUGAUAUUACUCUGUUUUUUAGAUUUGUUUUAAAAUCUGUACGUUUAUACUUAAGUUAAUAAAUUCAAUG